AUGAGCUCCUCGCACAAAAUCAACGAAGCCAAUGGCACAGCGGCAACGCACAAGACCCUCAACGCAUGGCAGCAACCCGGGCCCGCGGCGUAUGACUUCCGCAGCGACACGAUGACGAGGCCGACGGCGUCGAUGCUCGAGGCGAUCAUCAACACGACCCUCUCGGACGACGUGAUGCAGGAAGACCCAACAACCAACGACCUGGAGGCAUCGAUAGCCGAACUAACGGGCCACGAGGCAGCCGUGCUGGUCAUGUCUGGGACCAUGGGCAACCAGGUCGCGCUGCGGACGCACCUGACCGGGCCACCUCAUUCCGUCCUGUGUGAUUUUCGGGGUCACAUCAGCAACUACGAGGCCGGCGGCGUCUCGUCGCUGUCCGGCGCCAUGCUGAUCGCCGUGCGCCCGUCUAACGGACACCACUUGACCCUAGAAGACGUCCAGAAGUACACCAUCCUCUCCGACGACGUCCACGCGUGUCCCACACGGGUGAUAUCGCUCGAGAACACGCUCGACGGCAUGAUCAUGCCGCUCGACGAAGUGCGCAAGAUUGCCGCGUUUGCGCGCGAGCACGGCAUCAAGAUGCACCUCGACGGCGCCCGGAUCUGGGAGGCCGUGGCCGCCGACGCGGGGACACUGCCCGAGUUCACCACUUGUUUCGAUAGCGUCAGCCUCUGUUUCUCCAAAGGCCUAGGCGCACCCAUCGGGAGUAUCGUCGUCGGUUCCAAGGCCUUUGUCGCCCACGCGAGGAGGAUUCGUAAGAUGCUCGGCGGCGGCACCAGACAAGCGGGCGUCAUCUCUGCCGCGGCUCGGGUGGCGGUGGAGGAAGGAUUUGGGAAAGGACCUCGCGGCGAAGGUGGCAAGCUGCGAGACAGCCACGCCCGAGCCCGCAAGGUCGCGGACAUGUGGCAGAGCAAGGGGGGCCGACUGUCGAAGCCGGUCGAGACCAACAUGGUGUGGCUCGACCUCGCCCAUGCAGGGAUCCCGGCGUCAGAAAUCCAGAAGCUCGCCGCUGAAGAGGGCCUGAACAUCCGAGGCUCUCGUCUCAUCAUCCACUCCCAGAUCAGCGAUGACGCGGUAGAGCGCCUCGGCAGGGUCAUGGACAAGAUCCUGCAGAACGGCAGUGAAAAGCCCAGACUCAACGGUCACUCGACGUGA